AUGGCCUCCUGGAAGGACCAUCCGCUCGCGAAACCGCCUCUCCUUAUACCAUGGCGAUCUCUUCAGCUGUUGCUGCCGCUCCCUUCACGACUUCGCCGCCGCAUCCGGUCCAAGUUGCGCUCACGAACGUCUCCUUCUUCCUCCAUUACCCGCCUGUCGACUUCGUUCUCGCCUCUAGACACCCUCAAGGCUCUACAGGCUCAUAGAUGGACCAUAUACGAUGGUCAAUAUCUCAUUCUCAUUGUGCUGGGCAUCUUCUCUCUGUGCAUUAUCGAGUCGCCCGGACCGUUGGCAAAGACGAUCGUUGCACUGGGCUUGAUAAGCUCACUCCUUAUGCCGAUAACUUGCCAAUUCUUUCUUCCUUUCUUGCCGCCAAUCUGCUGGCUGGUCUUCUUCUACGCUUGCCAAUUCAUCCCCAGUGAGUGGCGACCGCCAAUCUGGGUUCGAGUUCUUCCUGCUCUGGAAAACAUCAUCUACGGCGCAAACUUGUCAAAUAUCCUUUCUGCCCACCAGUCUACAGCUCUGGACCUUCUAGCCUGGCUGCCAUACGGCAUCAUGCACUACGGCGCUCCUGUCGUCUGCGCCAUCUUCCUCUUCAUCUUUGGUCCCCCCGGGAUCACUCCAAUCUUCGCUCGCAGCUUCGGAUACAUGAACAUCGCCGGUGUCAUCAUACAGUUCCUCUUCCCUUGCUCUCCGCCGUGGUAUGAAAACCUCUACGGUCUCGCGCCAGCUCACUAUGGCAUGCCAGGCGAUCCCGGCCAUGCAACUUUUGAAGCUCUCUUCAUGAGCCAUGCUUUCCCCAAACUCAAACCAGUCUUCAUCACCUACGUCGUCUGGCUGUGGUGGUCCACCAUGUAUCUCUCCCACCACUAUGCCGUCGACCUUAUCGGUGGCGGCCUCCUCGCUGCUGUGACGUUCUACUACGUCAAAUCUCGCUUCCUUCCACGCAUCCAAGCCGACAAGUUCACGCGCUGGGACUACGACUAUGUUGAAGUGGGAACUGCCGAAAUGACGAUGCCUGGAUCGUAUGGCUAUGAUGUUGCUGAUGGACUGCAGAUGGAUAGCGACGAGUGGACUGUCGGAUCCAGUUCGUCGAUAUCUUCUGGUUCCUUGAGCCCUGUGGACGAGCAAUCUUUGUGGGAUGGGGAUACAGAGGUUGUACCGAAACGUUCCUCAGACCUUGAGACGGGCCUGGGUAUUUCAAGGUGA